GACGUUCAGGCAUGUGAACGCCGUAUGAUUCUCGUAGCGCUUCCUGAAUAGCCCUGCAGAUGCUUUAGAAAACAUUACACACUUUCAUACGUUUUGUAACUAAGUUAGUUCGUUUCUUGUGAAAAUGAAAAUGCAGCUUCUGAUUUUGGUUUCUUUGUCUGUUGUCGGAGCAAUGGCGGGGAAGUACUCUAAAGAAAUGAAUGAACAAAAGGCUUCUGAUAAAAACAACAAUCAGGUGGAAUUCAGGAUUGCCAAACUCAACCAGGUUUGGGAAAAGGCGAUACGAAUGCAGCUUCCACCGGUGCGGCUCUCAGAACUGCACAGUGACUUGAAGAUCCAGGAGAAAGAUGAACUUCAGUGGAAAAAACUGAAAGCAGAAGGGUUGGACGAGGAUGGAGAGAGAGAAGCCCAGCUCAGACGCAAUUUUAAUAUUAUUCUAGCAAAGUUUGGAAUGGAUGGGAAAAAAGACACCCGGACAUUGGACAGCAACAGACUGAAAGAUCAUGAUGUUAAAGAUGGAGACACAUUUGAAGACCCGAGGCUGGACAAGUUGUGGAACAAGGCUAAGACUUCAGGAAAGUUCUCUGACGAGGAGCUCCAGACCUUGCAGAGAGAAUUCCAUCACCAUAAAGACAAAAUCAACGAGUAUAACAUUGUCAUGGACACUGUCAGCCGGACAGAAGAGGUCCAUAAGAAUGUAAUCACUCCUCUUGAGGGUGACAUGAAGGAACAGGUUCUCCAUCAGAAACAUGCAGAUCUGAAGCAGAGAAUGAGGGACCUUAACCAGGGCUUUGAACGACUCCGCAAGAUCACCCAUGAGGGUUAUGGUGCUGACAGUGAAUUUAAGGAGCCACGAGUCAUAGAGCUUUGGGAGAUGGCAAAAAGAUCUAAUCUCAGUGAAGACGAACUCGACUCUCUUAAAGAGGAACUUAGACACUUUGAAACCAAGGUGGAGAAGCACCAGCACUAUCAGGAGCAGCUGGAACUGUCUCAUCAGAAACUGAAGCAUGUGGAGGCCCUGGGAGACAAAGAUCACAUAAUGAGAAACAAAGAGAAAUACAACGUCCUUGCUGAGAAAGCACGAGAAAUGGGAUACAAGAUGAAGAAACACUUGCAGGACUUGACGAAUAAGAUUUCCCGAAAUGGAUUGCAACACAAUGAACUCUGAAUAACGUUUUUGUCACCAUGCAGCACUACUGUUUGCUAUGAUCGAUCAGAGGUCACAUAUGCUGUAUUCUAAAAUGUUAUUCAACACAGAUGGGCCAGGCUUAAAAAGGUAGAGCAUAUUGUACAUGAAUUUAACAUUUCCACUGGGAAGCCAGACUGUAUGAUAAAUUAUUUUUAAAUGGUACUGAGCAGUGAUGAGUUCUGCUUUUGUGAUGAUUUCCUGUUUUAUGUUUGUGCAGUAAAUGGCCACAAGCUGAUUUAGCCAAAACGCUAAUGUAUGUUAUCCUUGUACUAUUAGGUUUGGCCAGAUUUGUUUGUGGCUCCAUUAUUAAUAUUUAAUAAUAGUUGCUAAACAACAAAUGCACAAUGAAAUAUGUGUAGAAAAACAUUAACAUUGCUCCAAAACAUGAGCACACAGAAUAGAUUUCAAUGUUUUUAGUAUAAACUGUUAAAGCUUCCAUUUCAAUAAUUUUUAUACCCCAGUCCUGAGCAUCCUAAGAUUUAAACUGAAUAAUACCCAUUCAUGAACAACAGUGCUACCCCUGUACAGGCUUGAUUUAAUAUUAGGAUAACAGCUAAACUUGAGAGAUUCAAGAAAAAGGAGUGCUUCAAUGAAAAAGGCUAAACAAGGGCGAAGUGUAAUGGAGAAAGCUAAAAAAAUAAAUAAAUAAAAGACAAGCUCAGG